AUGCUGCUGAUUUUGUUGCUGACAGUGAUUUGUUUCCGUGUUUGUGUGAACCAAGAUGAUUCUGGCCCCAAGUAUGCAGAUGUGGUGUUUCUGGUGGACAGCUCUGAUCACCUAGGGAUGAAGUCCUUUCCUCUUGUGAGAACUUUCCUCAACAAGCUGAUCAGCAGCCUCCCCAUAGAGGCUGACAAGUACCGUGUGGCCCUGGCCCAGUACAGCGAUGCUCUCCACAACGAGUUCCAGCUGGGCACCUUCAAGAACAGGAACCCCAUGCUGAACCACCUGAAGAAGAACUUCGGGUUCAUUGGUGGGUCCCUGAAGAUAGGGAACGCCCUGCGAGAGGCUCACAGGACCUAUUUCUCUGCAUCCACAAAUGGAAGAGACAGGAAACAGUUCCCCCCAAUCCUGGUGGUGCUGGCUUCAGCCGAGUCUGAGGAUGAAGUGGAAGAGGCUUCGAAGGCCCUGCGGGAAGAUGGGGUGAAAGUCAUCUCAGUAGGGAUGCAGGAGGCUUCUGAGGAAAACCUGAAGGCCAUGGCCACAUCCCAGUUCCAUUUCAACCUCAGGACUGUCAGAGACCUCAGUUUGUUUGCCCCAAACAUGACACAGAUCAUCAAGGACGUGACUAAGUACAGGGAAGGAAUGGCUGAUGACAUUAUUGUAGAAGCUUGCCAAGGCCCUUCUGUAGCUGAUGUCGUAUUCCUGUUGGAUAUGGCCAUUAAUGGCAGCCAGGAGAACCUUGACCAUCUCAAAGCAUUCCUGGAAGAAAGUGUCUCUGCCCUCGACAUCAAGGAAAACUGUAUGAGGGUUGGUCUGGUGGCCUACAGCAACGAGACGAGAGUGAUCAGUUCCCUGAGCAUGGGUAUCAAUAAGACAGAGGUCCUGCAGCACAUACAGGACCUGUCUCCCCGUGUAGGGCAGGCCUACACCGGGGCUGCCCUCAGAAAGACCAGGAAGGAAGUCUUCAGUGCACAGAGGGGCAGCCGGAAGAACCAAGGGGUGCCUCAGAUUGCUGUACUGGUGACCCACAGAGCUUCAGAGGACAAUGUGACCAAGGCAGCUGUCAACCUCAGGCGUGAGGGAGUGACCAUCUUUACCAUGGGCAUCGAGGGGGCCAACCCAGACCAACUGGAGAAAAUUGCAUCCUACCCUGCAGAGCGGUUUGCCUCCAAACUGAGCGACUUCUCCGAGCUGGCCACCCACAAUCAGACAUUCCUGAAGAAGCUGCGGAAGCAAAUCACACACACCGUCUCUGUCUUCUCAGAACGGACCGAGACCCUCAAAUCUGCCUGUGUGGACACAGAGGAAGCUGAUAUCUAUCUGCUCAUUGAUGGUUCAGGGAACACCCAGCCCACAGACUUCCAUGAAAUGAAGACCUUCCUGUCAGAGGUGGUGGGCAUGUUCAACAUUGCUCCUCACAAAGUACGGGUCGGGGCCGUGCAGUACGCCGACACCUGGGACUUGGAAUUUGAGAUCAGUAAAUACACCAGCAAGCCUGACUUGGGAAAGGCCAUCGAGAACAUUAGGCAGUUGGGCGGGAACCCCAACACAGGUGCAGCCCUGAACUUCACCCUGAAGCUGUUGCAAAAAGCAAAGAAGCAGCGAGGAAACAAAGUGCCAUGUCACCUUGUCGUUCUGACCAACGGUAUGUCCCGGGACAGUGUCCUGGAGCCUGCGCACAGGCUGAGAGAGGAAAACAUCCGUGUUUACGCUAUCGGAGUCAAGGAAGCCAACCAAACCCAGCUUCGGGAGAUAGCGGGAGAGGAAAGGCGAGUUUACUACGUGCAUGAGUUCGAUGCCUUGAGGGACAUAAGGAACCAGGUGGUUCAAGAGAUCUGUGCUGAAGAAGCCUGCAGAGACAUGAAAGCGGACAUCAUGUUUCUGGUAGACAGUUCUGGCAGCAUAGGACCUGAAAACUUCAGUAAGAUGAAGAUGUUUAUGAAGAACCUAGUGAGCAAAUCCCAGAUUGGGCCAGACCGAGUCCAAAUUGGCGUGGUCCAGUUCAGCCAUGAGAACAAGGAGGAGUUUCAGCUCAACACAUUCAAGUCCCAAAGUGACAUUUCUGACGCCAUCGACCGAAUGACUCUCAUUGGAGAAACAACCUUGACAGGCAGUGCCCUGACCUUUGUGUCCCAGUACUUCAGUCCCAACAAGGGGGCCCGGCCCAAUGUCAGGAAGUUCCUCAUUCUCAUUACCGACGGUGAGGCUCAGGACAUAGUAAGGGACCCAGCAGUCGCACUUCGGAGAGAAGGUGUGAUCAUCUACUCUGUGGGAGUAUUUGGCUCCAAUGUCACCCAGCUCGAGGAGAUCAGUGGGAAACGAGAGAUGGUUUUCUAUGUUGAGAAUUUUGACAUUCUGCAGCAUAUUGAGGAUGCCCUCGUUCUGGGAAUAUGCAGUCCCCGUGAAGAAUGCAAGCGGAUUGAAGUUUUGGAUGUUGUGUUUGUCAUCGAUAGCUCUGGCAGCAUUGACUAUCAAGAAUAUAACAUCAUGAAGGACUUCAUGAUCGGCCUGGUGAAAAAAGCUGAUGUGGGCAAGAAUCAGGUCCGGUUCGGAGCUCUGAAAUAUGCUGAUGACCCGGAAGUGCUGUUUUAUCUGGAUGAACUUGGCACAAAGUGGGAGGUGAUUUCAGUGCUCCAGAAUGACCAGCCCAUGGGGGGUAACACUUACACUGCUGAGGCCCUUGCCUUCUCAGAUCACAUGUUCACCGAAGCCCGGGGCAGCCGUCUGCACAAGGGAGUCCCCCAAGUCCUCAUUGUGAUCACUGAUGGAGAGUCUCAUGAUGCAGAGAAGCUCAAUGCCACCGCCAAGGCCCUGAGGGACAAAGGCAUCCUCGUCCUGGCUGUGGGGAUUGCCGGUGCCAACAGCUGGGAGCUGUUAGCCAUGGCAGGGUCAAGUGACAAGUAUUACUUCGUAGAGACGUUUGGAGGCCUGAAGGGGAUAUUUUCUGACGUGUCAGCCAGUGUCUGUAACUCUUCAAAAGUUGAUUGUGAAAUUGAAAAGGUUGACCUUGUUUUCCUCAUGGAUGGUUCAAACAGCAUCCAUCCGAAUGACUUCCAGAAGAUGAAGGAGUUUCUGGCAUCAGUCGUUCAAGACUUUGAUGUCAGCCUCAACAGAGUGCGCAUAGGAGUGGCCCAGUUCAGCGACAGCUACAGAUCAGAGUUUCUGCUGGGGACGUUCACAGGGGAGAAGGAGAUAUCCACACAGAUUGAGAGCAUCCAGCAGAUAUUUGGGUACACCCACAUUGGGGAGGCACUCAGGAAGGUGAGGAACUACUUCCUGCCAGACACGGGCAGCAGGAUCAACGCAGGUACCCCUCAGGUGCUGCUGGUCCUCACAGAUGGCCAAUCCCAAGACGAGGUGGCUCAGGCCGCUGAGGAGCUGAGACACAAAGGUGUGGACAUCUACUCAGUGGGCAUUGGGGACGUGGAUGACCAGCAGCUGAUCCAGAUCACAGGGACAGCUGAGAAAAAACUCACGGUCCAUAACUUUGACGAGCUGAAAAAGGUGAAGAAAAGGAUCGUUCGUAACAUCUGUACCUCAGGCGGUGAGAGCAAUUGUUUUGUGGAUGUUGUGGUUGGAUUUGAUACCUCAAGUCAACAGAGGGGGCAGACUUUGCUCGAAGGUCAGCCUUGGAUAGAAACCUACCUCCAAGGCAUCUUACGUGCCAUCAGCUCGCUCAAUGGGGUAAGCUGUGAGGUGGGCACGGAGACCCAGGUGAGCAUAGCUUUUCAAGUGACAAAUGCUAUGGAAAGAUACCCUUCGAAGUUUGAGAUCUACAGUGAGAACAUACUGAGCAGCCUACAAGGUGUGACAGUGAAUGGCCCAUCUCGUCUCAACGCAAAUCUGCUGAAUUCACUGUGGGAUACAUUUCAGAAUAAGUCCGCUGCGCGAGGGAAGGUAGUCCUUCUAUUUUCAGAUGGAUUGGAUGAUGACAUUGAAAAACUUGAACAGAAAUCUGAUGAACUCAGAAAGGAAGGCCUGAAUGCCCUCAUAACUAUUGCUGUGGAUGGAGCUGCCGACACCAGCAACCUGGCUGACCUUCUCUACAUUGAAUUUGGGAAAGGAUUUGAGUACAGAACACAGUUCACAAUUGGUAUGAGGAACCUUGGGAGUCAGCUGUCAAAGCAACUAAUCAACGUUGCAGAAAGAACCUGCUGCUGUUUGCUGUGCAGGUGCACAGGAGGGGACGGCGCCAUGGGGGAUCCAGGCUCAGCAGGGAAAAAGGGACCCCCGGGUUUUAAAGGCAGUGACGGCUACCUGGGAGAAGAGGGCAUUGCUGGAGAAAGAGGAGCCUCUGGACCAAUGGGAGAGCAAGGUAGUAAGGGAUGCUUCGGCACCAAAGGGCCUAAGGGAACCAGAGGACUCAGUGGAGAAGAGGGAGAAGUUGGGGAACAUGGGAUUGAUGGAUUAAAUGGAGAACAGGGUGACAACGGGAUUCCUGGAAGAAGAGGAGAAAAAGGGGAUGAGGGGUCUCAGGGAAGCCCAGGCACGAGAGGGGCUUCUGGUGACCGUGGAGCAAAGGGUCUACGAGGAGAUCCAGGAAUUCCUGGACUUGACAGUAGCAUACAAGGACCCAAGGGCUUGAAAGGAGACCAUGGAAGACAAGGCAGAAGAGGCUGGCCAGGCUCUCCCGGGACACCAGGCUCAAGGAGGAGGAUGGUAGUUCAUGGCCGAAGGGGACAUACAGGCCCACAGGGAAAUCCAGGCAUCCCAGGCUCAGAUGGACUUGAAGGUUCACCAGGACUUAAGGGCCCUCAGGGCCCAAGAGGAGAGCCUGGUGAGAAAGGAGAAAAGGGAGUUCUGGGAAUGAAAGGUCCUCAGGGGCCUCCAGGACCCGGAGGACAAGCGGGGAAUCAAGGCCAUUUGGGAAGCCAAGGAAAUAAAGGAGAACCUGGAGACCUAGGGGGAAAGGGAGCUGCUGGCUUUCCAGGUCCUCGGGGCCUGCAGGGUGACGACGGCAGCCCGGGAUACGGCAGCCUUGGCCGCAAAGGAUCAAAGGGACAAGAAGGAUUCCCUGGAGAAAGUGGACCAAAGGGUGAAACUGGGGAUCCUGGGGAUCCAGGAGAGGCUGGCCCCAAGGGAGCCAGAGGCAAAACGGUAUCUGCUGGGCUUCCAGGAGAGCCAGGAUCCUCUGGGGAGCCGGGACCCCCUGGACGGAAGGGCAUGAAAGGGGCCCGAGGACUGGCUUCAUUUUCCACAUGUGACCUCAUUCAGUAUGUGCGGGAUCACAGCCCUGGCAGACAUGAAAUAUCUGAGUGCCCAGUGCAUCCAACUGAGCUGGUGUUUGUCCUGGACCAGUCCCGGGAUGUCACAGAGCAGGACUUCGAGCGGAUGAAGGGGAUGAUGGCUUCCCUGGUUAGGGAUGUCAAGGUCAGGGAGACCAGCUGCCCCGUGGGUGCCCGUGUUGCCAUCCUAUCCCAUAACUCCCACACCAGGCACCUCAUCCGCUUCUCAGACACCUACAGGAAGGAUCAGCUGCUGAGGGAAAUCGAAGCUCUUCCUUAUGAGAGAUCCUCCGACAGCAGGGACAUUGGCAAAGCCAUGAGGUUUGUCUCUAGGAACGUCUUCAAGCGAACCCUUCCAGGGGCUCAUGUGAGGAAAAUUGCCACGUUCUUCAGCAGUGGUCAGUCGGCUGAUAUCCAGUCCAUCACCACGGCUGCCAUGGAGUUCAGUGCCCUGGACAUUGUGCCAGUGGUGAUCGCAUUCAGCAACGUGCCGUCCAUCAAGCGUGCCUUUUCGAUUGAUGACACUGGCACAUUCCAAGUCAUUGUGGUUCCCUCAGGGACGGAGUUCGCGCCAACAUUAGAGAGACUGCAGCGGUGCACUUUCUGCUAUGACAUAUGCAAGCCGGAUGCUUCUUGUGACCAAGCCAAACCACCCCCGAUACAGUCCUAUCUGGAUGCUGCCUUCCUGCUGGAUGGCUCCCGGCAUGUGGAGAGUGCAGAAUUUGAAGACAUGAGAGACUUCCUGGAGGCACUGCUAGAUCACUUCGAAGUCACUCCAGAGCCAGAGACAUCUGUGACUGGAGACAGGGUGGCCCUACUGAGCCAUGCUCCCCCCACCUUCCUACCCAACACCCAGAGGAGUCCCGUUAGAACUGAGUUCAACCUCACCACCUACAGCAGUAAGCGCCUCAUGAAGAGGCAUGUGGAGCAAGCAGUUCAGCAGCUGAAUGGGGACACUUUCCUUGGCCAUGCCCUCAGGUGGGCUCUGGACAAUGUCUUUUUAAACACACCCAAUCUGAGGAGAAACAAAGUCAUAUUUGUGAUAUCUGCUGGGGAGACCAGCCACUUGGAUGAAGAGACCUUAAAGAAAGAGUCCCUGCGAGCCAAAUGUCAGGGCUAUGCCCUCUUCGUGUUUUCCUUGGGCCCUGACUGGAAUGACAAGGAACUGGAAGACCUGGCCAGCCACCCUGUCGACCAGCACUUGAUCCAGCUUGGCCGGAUUCAUAAACCUGACCAUGGAUAUGGUGUGAAAUUUGUGAAGUCCUUCAUAAACUCCGUUAGGCGUGGGAUGAACAAGUACCCACCAGUCAACCUCAAAGCCAAGUGCAACAGACUCAGCCCUACCGAUCCGAAGCCACCCCCACGCCAGUUUCGAAGCUUUGUCCCGGGACCACAGAAAGCUAUCCUCAAAGACCACAGGCCAGAGGCAGCAAAGCUCUUUGAAGAUAAAAAGCGCCUUUCAAGCACAUGGAGAGGGGGCAGAGAUGCUAUUUCAAGGCUUUCCAGAAACCCAUUCCAUACCUUUAAACACGGGAAAGUGAUAAAAGCUGCAUCCGCACAUGGCAAAUGAAGCGAUCCAACAAUUUAGGGAUUAGCCAUGGUCUGACUCUGAACUUAGAACCAAAUCCACUCCUGAACUCCGAGCUGCUUAGCCGGGUUGCACACCAGCAUCUGGAUGGCUGCUCUGAAGGGCAGAACAAGCCUGUGGCUGUAGAUGAUCAGGUACCUCGACCCCCUACACUCACGGUGUUAAGGUCUAUCUUGUAGGUUUACUUGAUGACUCCGGAAAGACAAUUCCAGCACUCUGAGAAUGAUAUUUAGCAACUAUUACCAUUAGGAGAUGGAAGAAUGAAAGAUGUGUUUUGAAAAGUUGAAUGGAGACCUAAUUUUGAAGUUGAUUUCUUUAUAGUGUAUGCACAUGGCUACAGGCCAAUGUAAACUCUUCAUUUCAAGCCUCUGUUACUUUCCAAGCCGCCAUUUUAAUGUUCAUCUGUUUAAUCAAACAUCUUUAACACUGUGGAGUUCUCAAACAGUUACCCUAGAAAUUGAUGCUGUUUGCAUGUCAUGGUUUUGGAACUCUGACCUUCCCGACUUCCACUUUAGUACGGCACUGUCUUGGUAGACUGGCUGGCCUGGGGCAGCCUUGUGCCUGAAGGUUGUCUCUGGCCUUCUAAAGUUGUCUGUGUGGUCUGGUAAGAAGCAGAGUGACUCUCUCCAGCUCUCACUCUUCCUAAACUCACUGAGAAACUCACCAAUUCUCCAGGAACCCGAGUCACACUUCUGGGCCUAAUGUUCUAUAGAGAACUUCUGCCAAGCUGUCUCAGUGGAUCUCUGCUUUUUUUUCCCUUGCUAUGGUCAUUUAUUAAUUUGUACUAAUCCAAUUUGUUCCUUAGACAAGAAGAGUGACAACAUACAAUGUCGGAACUUGGGCUCCGAGUUCCUUUACCCCACUGAGCAGCACCAAGCCAGGCUGGCAGAGCUCAGAAUGAAGCUUAAAUGGCAUUGAGCUUGUGGGGAGAACGGGGGUGUAAGAAAAUCCUUGAAAUUUUGGUUUAUCAAAUGCCAGAGACUAGAGUAAGUCAGCAGGAAGUCUUAGAGUCCAGUCUCUCAAGCAUUCCAUCAUGCUUUGUCUCCUCAUCCCCAUCCGUGUCUUUAUUCUUAGGAGGAGGGUAUUUUCAACAACUAAACAUCAGAGCGGCACUGUGUUGAGGCCUACUAGUCAGACCUUACCUCGGGUCACAGCCACCUCUCCAGUUAGCAGUGAUGCUCGCUGUCAGGCGAAUGUCCGUCUUCAGAAAGGAGGAUGUGAUUGGAUGUGUGGGAAGGAGCUACUACAGCAGAGGCCCGUAGAGUGGUCAGAUUUUCUUUUCUGUACUUCUGUUCGGGAAAUCUGGAGGACGAGCCAUGUGCAGUAUUUUUUCUUUGAAACCCUUUGUACCACCAUUCCUGGGGCAACUGCAUGGAGACAGCUCCCAGAGCCUUCUGAGGAGCAAGAAGCCCAGGAGUAACUGUCAGUUUGUACUCAGGUGCACAUCAGCUUCACGUAUCCUAAGGUGCUUAGAGGCUCAGGAAAACUGUAUGUUUCAUCACAGGAAAUUGCUGAGCAAUAUUUAAGAGGUAUCUUAAAAGCAGGGGCUUUUCUGAUUAACUUUAGUUGAACACAGAUACUUUACUUAUUGUUGGAGAUACUUUGAAAAUGUAUUUUCUUCUGUGUUGGUAAGUAUAGUACAUUUUUAAAAACUGCUUGGUGAUUAAAAUUAUUUUAUCAUCUUGGGUUGUAUAUUUAAUCCUUCACAGACUAAGGGUCUGAAGAAAGCAGCCAAUAAUUCAUUUUUUGAAAAGUCAGUCCCUGGCAUUAGGGUGGGUCAGCAGUUAAGAUCUGCUCCUACGGAGAGCUGGAGUUUAGUUCCCAACACUCCAACCGGGUGGCUCACGGCUGCCUGCAACUCCAGGGGAUCAAAUGCCCUCUUCUGGACUCCCAGGGCACCACACAUACACAUUUGUGUUUGUGCAGACAAACACAAAUUAAAAAAUUUAAAACCCCAAAUUCCUAGAUUUAUGACUUCUGUCUCCAAAAAGUAGAAAUUGGAAAAAACUAAGCUGACUCUAAAUUUAGUAAGGCUGUGUUUAAGUCAAGAAACACAAUAAGCAUGUGUACAUCUUGGCUUAAAAAUAAUUUUAACUGACUGCAAUGGAUCUGCCUCCCAUUAUCUCUAAACUAAGCUGUCAGACUGUAAUAGUACCAGUUCAGGAAAAUAAACUUCUUUCAGAGAGGGUCAUCUGUGGGAUGGGUAAGUAAAUGGAGAACGAGGCCAGGUCUGUUAAGCAUUCCUUUAUCCAGCAGCUCAUGCCUGAGGUCCAUUCUCCAUUGGACACUUACACACCAAACAACUCCCCGAGCCCCUAUGACUCUGAAUGGUGGCGGCACACAAGAUGUACAACUGGGCAACGGGCAUACCAAGCUUCCAAAGUCUACAACUCCAGGCAGAGCCAACGCUGCCAGCUUUGACCCGAAUGACUGGUAUUUUCUCACACUUCUGCAGUCUAAGCCCUCCAGAAACUGGGUUGAAUCCUGGACUGACAUGGAAAGUGUCAGGAACCAACUGGGGUACAUAACAAGAGGGUUAUGAAAACUAUGCAGUGUGUUUGUCUACUCAGCUGUGUUUAGCCUCAAGUAACUAAUUUCAAAUUAGCAUAUUUGAAACACCAUAAACCCUUUCUAAUCGAAGAGAGUAAAAUGUGAAGAGAAUUGGGUCUGCAUAGAAAUCUGUCAGCUUCCAAAGUUUUACCUGGAACAUUCUCUUCUUUUUCAGAUUUAGUAAGUAAUUCUCAUUAGAAAAUGCAAGCUGAAGGGGAUUUUUGGUAGAGCCUGUAACAGUGAUGGCCAGGCAGGGCCUCACUGCUCUCAAGCUGAUACACAGGAACUCAACUGUAGUGGACCGCAGCCUGAGUUGUCUGCAA